CCGGAAGUGAACAAGCGUCGACUUCCCCUUAUUUUAGACGCACCGAACGGAUAUACAACAUUCGUUUUUUUAACUCGGCCGAGGAAGAAUUUGUCAGCGAAGUGGCGAGUUUUUUGGCGAGAAGGGCGUGCUUGAAUCCCAACUGUUGGCACGCUUGGUCCCCCCCUUCCUCCUCCUCCUCCCCCCUCCUCCGUGUAUUCCUCCGCCCCAUUGCUGGAUGCUAGCUCGGUGUAGCCAUUGCAUGUCGUAGCACUCCCCCCCUAGUCCAAAGUUGUGUUGCGCCCCGAUUGUUUGGUAUUUUUUCAUUUUUUUACCCCCCUCCCGUCGGAUAUCAGUGUGCGUCAAGAUGGGGUGUACUCUGAGCACGGACGACAAGGCGGCUCAGGAGCGGAGUAAGAUGAUCGACAGGAACCUCCGGGACGACGGCGAGAAAGCCGCCCGGGAGGUGAAGCUGUUGCUGCUCGGUGCUGGGGAGUCUGGGAAGAGCACCAUUGUUAAGCAGAUGAAGAUCAUCCACGAGGCGGGCUACUCCGAGGAGGAGUGCAAGCAGUACAAAGCGGUGGUCUACAGCAACACCAUCCAGUCCAUCAUCGCCAUCAUCAGAGCCAUGGGACGCCUCAAGAUUGACUUUGCCGAUCCGGCCAGAGCGGAUGACGCUCGGCAGCUGUUUGUGUUGGCCGGCUCGGCCGAGGAGGGCUUCAUGACAGGCGAGCUGGCCGGGGUCAUCCAGCGGCUGUGGAAGGACGGAGGAGUCCAAGCGUGCUUCAGCCGCUCCCGAGAGUAUCAACUCAACGACUCGGCAGCAUACUAUUUGAAUGACUUGGACAGGAUAUCACACGGCGCUUAUGUGCCCACCCAGCAGGACGUGCUGAGGACCAGAGUGAAGACGACCGGCAUCGUGGAGACACACUUCACCUUCAAGGAUCUGCACUUCAAAAUGUUUGACGUGGGUGGCCAGAGAUCCGAGAGGAAGAAGUGGAUCCACUGCUUCGAGGGCGUCACCGCCAUCAUCUUCUGCGUGGCUCUCAGCGACUACGACCUGGUGUUGGCCGAGGACGAGGAGAUGAACCGAAUGCACGAGAGCAUGAAGCUGUUUGAUUCCAUCUGCAACAACAAGUGGUUCACGGACACCUCCAUCAUCCUCUUCCUCAACAAGAAGGACCUUUUUGAGGAGAAGAUCAAGAAGAGCCCCCUCACCAUCUGCUACCCAGAAUAUGCAGGAUCCAACACCUACGAAGAGGCGGCCGCCUACAUCCAGUGUCAGUUUGAAGACCUGAACAAGAGGAAGGACACCAAGGAGAUCUACACCCACUUCACCUGCGCCACCGACACCAAGAAUGUGCAGUUCGUGUUCGACGCCGUCACCGACGUCAUCAUCAAAAACAACCUGAAGGACUGCGGCCUUUUCUAAAGGCAUCCAAGCGGACACACAAGGAGCGUCGGACCUUGGCUGACCAACGUCACUUUUAUCGUCUUAUUAAUAACUUAUGUUCAUCUCUAAAAAGUUUUAAUGGCGGGAGUGUAGACAAAACAUUUUUGUGUAAGAUAUUUGUACAACUGUCGAUGGCUGGGGAUUUUUCACCGUUUUUUAAAAUAUGUGCUAUCAUUUUUAAUUUAUAUAUAUAUAUAUAUAUAUAUAUAUAUACAUAUACAGUAUAUGUAUUACAUAUAUAUAUAUAUAUGUCGAGGUUACUGUGGUUUAUCCGUUAUACAGUGCUCAAUACCGGGGUCGAGCGGAAUAUACGUUAAGUCAGGAAAAAACACAGAGGCUAUUUCAUUCCUACAAGCCUGUUUAGCAGGUUUCCCUGCUCUUCAGGGGGUUUACUUUUUUUUUUUUUUUUAAUCCCCUGAAGAGCAGGGAAACAUGCUUGUAGGGGUGAAAUAGCCUCUGUUUGUUUGCUCAAUACCGGGGUCGAGCGGAAUAUACGUUGGGUCAGGAAAAAACACAGAGGCCAUUUCAUUCUUACAAGCCUGUUUCGCAGGUUUCCCUGCUCUUCAGAGGACUAAAAAAAACCUGAAGAGCAGGGAAACCUGCGAAACAGGCUUGUUGGGAUGAAACAGCCUCUGUUUGUUUGCUCAAUACCGGGGUCGAGUGGAAUAUACGUUAGGUCAGGAAAAAACACAGACGCUAUUUCAUUCCUACAAGCUUGUUUCGCAGGUUUCCCUGCUCUUCAGGGGAUAAAAAAUGUUUUUAAAAAAAUCCCAUGAAGACCAGCGAACCCUGCGAAACAGGCUUGUAGGGAUGAAAUAGCCUCUGUUUUUUUGCUCAAUACCGGGGUCGAGCGGAAUAUACGUUGGGUCAGGAAAAAACAGAGGCUAUUUCAUUCUUACAAGCCUGUUUCGCAGGUUUCCCUGCUCUUCAGAGGAUUAAAAAAAACCUGAAGAGCAGGGAAACCUGCGAAACAGGCUUGUUGGGAUGAAACAGCCUCUGUUUGCUUGCACAAUACCGGGGUCGAGCGGAAUAUACGUUAGGUCAGGAAAAAAACACAGAGGCUAUUUCAUUCCUACAAGCCUGUUUCGCAGGUUUCCCUGCUCUUCAGGGGAUUUUUUUUUAAAAGAAAAAAAAAUCCCAUGAAGAGCAGCGAAACAGGCUUGUAGGGAUGAAAUAGCCUCUGUUUUUUUGCUCAAUACCGGGGUCGAGCGGAAUAUACGUUGGGUCAGGAAAAAACAGAGGCUAUUUCAUUCCUACAAGCCUGUUUCGCAGGUUUCCCUGCUUUUCAGGGGAUUUUAAAAAAAAUAAGAAAAAUCCCAUGAAGAGCAGGGAAACCUACGAAACAGGUUGUAGGGAUGAAAUAGCCUCUGUUUUUUUGCUCAAUACCGGGGUCGAGCGGAAUAUACGUUGGGUCAGGAAAAAACACAGAGGCUAUUUCAUCCCUACAAGCCUGUUUUGCAGGUUUCCCUGCUUUUCAGGGGAUUUAAAAACAAUUUAAAAAUCCCCUGAAGAGCAGGGAAACAUGCUUGUAGGGAUGAAAUAGCCUCUGUUUUUUCCUGACCUAUAUAUAUAUAUGUAUAUAUAUAUAUGAUUCUUGCUCCGUCUGUUCUUCUCCCCCGAAGGAAGACUUUUAUUUUUUAGGCGCGUGUGCCUUGCAUGCCUUAGUUGCAGUCUUCUCCCUACGUUGACUUAGAUGUCGGGUUUACGUGCUAGAUGUUUCCAUCUAACUCCUCCCGACACGCCCACAGUCCAGUCCGGUUUUUUUAUUACUUUGCCGAAUGUUUUUGUUUUUAUCACAAGCCCCCCCCCCUCCUCCCUCUCCACGGACAAAAGCAAGUAUGACCAAGUCGCUCUCCGGGCCAAAAUUCCCUCUGACGGUACCGUGAGAGCCACGUUUGACCUUUUUGCAUGUGUGCAGCGAGACCAAAAGCCUGUGAAUGUGUGCGUGUGGGUAUGCACGACGUAAAAAAAAACAAAAGGGACUUUAAUCCUCCACGACGCCUCGUCCUCUUUCAAAGUUGUAUUUUUCUAAGCGAGCAACAAAAAAACCAAGCAACAUUCCCGAUUUGACUCCCAGAAGAGAAGCUUUGAAAGGAGGAUGCCCACCGGAGAAGUGGGACCGAGCGCUCGUCGGAUGAGUGCAUCGUUAUCUCGGCCGUGAUCUGUGAUGGUUUUCACGUUACAUAUCCCUCCUCCAUAAUCCCCCCCGCCCCAGCCUUCUGUUUCCAUUGGAUGGGGACAUCUGUGGACUAAUCUCCAUGAUUUUUGCUAAUAAAAGAGAUGCUGUGGUGAAACCACGGCAUCUUAUGCAACAA